ACUGAAAACCAAGUUCUUGUCUUGUAAACAUUUCCCCAAAUACAAACCUAAGGAACCUCCCUAGGUACUUGGAGCCAUUGUUGGAGGUCUCCCUUUAUAGCCCUUCACUGGCAUCGAUUAGCCGUGAUCUUGUGGCCGAGAUCUAUUCUUAUCCAUCAGAUAUUCCCUGUUGACCGCUUCAAUGGCUGGCGGAUCACGUUCGUCACCCAUCCCUCAACAAGAAAUGGCCGACCAAGCCGCCAACACAAGCGCGAAGAGAAAUGCAGAAGAAACUCAGACGUUGCGCUCUAAGCUGGUUGACCAGCAUCUCAGCAUACUAAACUAUCCUGAUCCCUUGAAGCCUCGAGCACCGUUUCAGGUUUACCCCCAAGGCAUUACUCCAGAGGUAGAGGCGAAGUGGCUUCAGAUGUUGAAACAGAACAGUGUAUGAGUUUCUGUAUGCUUGCUCGAGGUGGAUUGAUCUCUGACAGCAAAAUGUUUAACGCAAUCUAUCAGUGAACGUAUUGAGAAAGAAAAGUCCCCUUUUCAACCACUGAUACUCAGUGUAACAAUGUGUUAUUCUACUCCUCAUCAUAAUAGUAAACUAUCUUUUUGCAUUGAUUGACUUAUUAAUACCAUUGCAACCAUUCUUUCAGACCCA